CUCCGAACUCUUUAAAUUUUUAUCUCUCGGAAGCCUUUGUUCUCUUAGAAAUAUAAACAUGAAGGUCCGAUCAUGGCUAGCCAUAUGUAACACCACCGGGAACGACACAACGGCGACAUUUCCAAAGAGUCAAAAACAUCUGGUCUCAGACAGCAGCAGCAGCAGCAGGUCCUCUGAUAACACCGGCAGUUCCACGUCGAUAGCUGACUCUAGCUACAGUAGCCUACAAAGCAACCUCUCCCUUCAAACACUACCCUCUGUUUCUUCCCUCCAAAAAAUAUCCCCGGAAGAUGCUGCAAACUUCUCAGUUUCUCACGUUUGCAUAACCUCGCUUAAGCCAAGGCCCAGGCUCCCUAUCGGCUGCAUCGCUGUCCAUCAAAACCUUCUCUAUGCCGCCUCCGCUCACGAAAUCAACGUCUACGAUCGUCACACGUGGGCUGUUCUCGAUACAUUCAACAAUGAAGAUUCCUCCUCUGGCUCGGUCAAGUCUAUUACUUUCUGUAAUGGGAAAAUCUUCACUGCUCACCAGGACUGCAAGAUCCGAGUGUGGCAGUUAACGCCGAGCAAACAUCACAAUCUCAAAACCACUCUCCCUACUGUUAACGAUCGUUUGCGCCGUUUUAUGCUUCCGAAGAAUUACGUCAGCGUCCGCCGUCACAGGAAGAAGCUCUGGAUUGAACACGCUGACGCCGUAACCGGUCUCACCGUAAAUAACGGUUUGAUCUUUUCGGUUUCUUGGGAUAAGAGCUUGAAAAUAUGGCAGGCCUCUGAUCUCCGUUGUUCAGAGUCUGCUAAAGCGCACGAGGACGCGGUCAACGCGGUGGCGGUUUCCGCUGACGGAACAGUUUAUACCGGAUCCGCUGACAAGCGGAUUCGAGUUUGGGGCAAACCUUUUAACGAAAAGCGGUUCGGGUUGAUAGCAACGCUAGAGAAGCACAAAUCCGCUGUGAACGCUCUGGCCUUGAGCGAUGACGGAUCAGUAUUGUUUUCCGGAGCUUGUGACCGUUCGAUCUUGGUGUGGGAAAGAGAGGACACUGCAAAUUACAUGGCGGUGACGGGAGCUUUACGAGGUCAUAAUAAAGCCAUUUUGUGUUUGAUCAACGUGUCUGAUUUGCUAAUGAGUGGUUCAGCUGAUCAGACGAUUAGGAUAUGGCAGCGAGGUAACGACGGUAGGUACGGUUGUUUGGCCAUUUUGGAAGGUCACAUGAAGCCAGUGAAGACGUUGGCGGCAGUUAUGGAAGAUGACCAAAACGGCACCGUUUCAGUAUUUAGUGGAAGUCUGGAUGGUGAGACUAAGGUGUGGCAGGUGGCGAUGUCGAAAGCCAGCAGCCCAAAUUGGAAAUUUACAAGAUAAAAAAAAAAGAAGAAGAAGAAAAUCCAGUUAAUAUUUUUUUUUAUUUGAUUGGGAGAUUUUACCGAACAUGUAUUUGUAAUUUUUUAAUUAGUGGUUUGUUCAGUGAAAUUAUUAUUAUUAUUUUACAAUUUGAUAUCUAUCGAAUUAGUACCAAAUUAAAAGGUUUUAAGAUUUAAACCCUAA